GUCAGGUGGUUGUCGGAUUUUGGAGGAAGGCGCUCCGUUACAUUGGAGAAGUGGAGUGGCCUGGAGUUCCACGGUGUGGUGGGCCAGAGGCCACCUCUCCUGGGCUUCUCAGUGUCUCGCCGGCGGGGUUUGGCCCGAGCUGGAUAGACAUAGCCCUUGGCGGAUUUAAACAACCUAAACAUUAAGCAAUACAGCUGCCUCAAAUCUUUGGGAUUUUCAGAAUGACUGACACUGCCGAAGCUGUUCCAAAUUUUGAAGAGAUGUUUGCUAGUAGAUUCACAGAAAAUGACAAGGAGUAUCAGGAAUACCUGAAACGCCCUCCUGAGUCUCCUCCAAUUGUUGAGGAAUGGAAUAGCAGAGCUGGUGGGAACCAAAGAAACAGAGGCAAUCGGUUGCAAGACAACAGACAGUUCAGAGGCAGGGACAACAGAUGGGGGUGGCCAAGUGACAAUCGAUCCAAUCAGUGGCAUGGACGAUCCUGGGGUAACAAUUACCCACAACACAGACAAGAACCUUACUAUCCCCAGCAGUAUGGACAUUAUGGUUACAACCAGCGGCCUCCUUACGGUUACUAUUGAUAGAAAUGUUGGCAGCUUUUAGUAAAAGCCUUUACCCUAUUACCAUGACAAAAGUUUGGGUGUCUUCUGUUGGUCAUAGUUUUACAUCUGAUUUUACAGAAUGGAUUAUUGAUUUUUUGGAAGUUGAGACUUUAAAAAAAAAUAGAUCUUACUUGCGAGAUGCGAUGGUUGCUGGGAAUACCUGAAAUUGUGGAUUAUAUUGCUUGACUUCUACCUCAGAAUCUUCUUUGUUUCAUGACUUAAUAGUGCUUUGAGUUUGGUAUAUUAUUUGACCUCUAGGAAUUCUUUGUUUUACACAGAAAUAAAAAUUUUAAAAUAGAAAAUGCUUUUACUUUGUAAGGUAAGAGAGUAUCCGUAUGCUUAGAUGUGCUCGUUUCUAAAAUUCUAGAGGUUGACAUAAUCAGCUCAUGAAUGCACAGCUAUGCUUUUUGUGAUAGAUUGUACAUAACAUCAGCAGUUGAAAGGUAAAACAAUUGCUUUUUUUUUUUUUGCUUUUGUUACGUGACUAUGGUACUUUGUGAUUCUUUAAUCUAUAGAUGAGUCAGCUCCACAUUUGAGUCUCUUUUUAGAGGGAAAUCAGUAAUAAAGCUGUAAAAUAAGGAAGGAAUCAUUAUCAGUUUGUGUCUUGAUCUGGUGGUGUUGGGAUAAGGGUACACAUCAUUUUAUACAAACACUUAAGGCUUUUCGCUAACAACAUAGCAGGUCAAAAUUCACACAUACGAAAGUUUAACUCUGUACCGUUCUCACUUUCCUUUUUAGUACUGUAAAUGCUGCAUUUUGAUUGUUCUUACUUUUUUGGUAUUUAAUGUGGGCUGAUUUUACAAUGUUACAUUCACUUCCAGAUGCAUACCUCUGCUGCUUUCUCUUCUAUAAAUAGUGAUGCUAUAAACUUCCUUUCACAGAGAUCAUUCUAUUUCAAAUCAUUUUAAUGAUUAUUACAAUGAUUUCAUUCAAAUAAAAAUUAAAAAA